ACACAGUGGAUUUCUGCAAGUAACACUGGUAAAUAAGACAUUAUAGGUCUGCAAGUGCAUUGUAGUAGUAGGUUUCCUUGCACAAAGAUACAAAUUAUGCAUUUGGUCUGUUGAAAGGCCACAGGAGCUCAGGUAUGUCCACAGAAAUGUGUACCUUUAGGAAUUACAGAUGAGGUUCAAUUCUUACUGUUGUCGGUUUCCAAGUAGCUUACACUGUAAUGCUAAAGAAGCAAUACCAGUACCCUGCUCGUAAUGCUUAAACAACACAAGAUGGUGGCUAAACGAACUCUCUAAGUUGAACCACUGUUAGGUACAUUUUCUAUAUCCUGUAUUUGUGCAUUGCAGUAAAUUUUACCUGGACCUGUAGUGAGAUUUGGCUGAAAGAGGCAUCAUCCUCAUGCAUUACUCAUUCAUAAAAGAUGAGUGAGGAAACAGAAGAGUAGUCUCUUCCUGUUCACCUGCUUCCUGUUUUCUGGCACUGAUAGUGCAUGGCGAUUUAUCCUAACUCAGUUCUGAAGUGAGGUGGAAAAUCUGUCCAAUAAUCCAACAUCAGUAAGACACACAAGGUCUGCAGGUGAUAAGGAAUUCACCAUGAAUGGGCAGCUGGAUUUAAGUGGGAAGCUGAUCAUCAAAGCUCAGCUUGGGGAAGAUAUUAGGAGAAUUCCUAUUCAUAAUGAAGAUAUCACCUAUGAUGAAUUGGUGCUAAUGAUGCAGAGAGUUUUUAGAGGAAAACUUCUGAGCAAUGAUGAAGUCACAAUAAAAUACAAAGAUGAAGAUGGAGAUCUUAUAACAAUUUUUGAUAGCUCAGAUCUUUCCUUUGCAAUUCAAUGCAGUAGGAUACUUAAGCUGACAUUGUUUGUGAAUGGACAACCAAGACCCCUAGAAUCUAAUCAGGUGAAACACCUGCGUCGAGAGCUGAUAGAACUUCGCAAUAAAGUCAAUCGUUUACUGGACUGUUUAGAACCACCAGCUGAACCAGGCCUUUCCACUAACCUGCCUGACAGUGAUGCUGUAGAUGGCAGGGAAGAAAAGCCUGCUGCUGCUGACUCUAGUGUUAAGCCAUCUACUCAAGUCAUAGCAGCAAGCAUGUCUGCAUUUGAUCCGCUGAAGAACCAGGAUGAAAUCAGCAAGAAUGUCAUGUCAGCAUUUGGCUUGACAGAUGAUCAGGUGUCAGGACCACCCAGUGCCCCUGCAGAAGAGAGAUCGGGAACACCAGACAGCAUUGCUUCUUCCUCUUCUGCAGCCCACCCACCUGGGGUUCAGACACACCAGCCACCCUACCCUGGCACACAGCCACAGACUGGUCAGGUGGAAGGUCAGAUGUAUCAGCAGUACCAACAGCCUGGUUACCCUGCCCAGCAGCCGCAGGCUCAGCCUCAGCAGCAGUAUGGUAUGCAGUACCCAGCAGGCUACAGCCAGUCGCAGCCCCCCUCGCAGCAAGCCCAGCAGUUCCCGGCCUACACCCAGCCUGCGACCGCGACUGCGGCUCCGGCCCCGGCUGCCGCCGCCUUCCCGAGCCCGGCGCAGCAGGUGCCGCCGGCGGCAGCGGCGGCGCAGUUCGCGGGGGGUGGUUACCCGCCGCAGGCAUACGGCUCUGCGCCGCCUGCACAGCCCAGCCCUUAUGGCGGCGGCGGCCCCGGCUCCCAGGCACCGGCCGGCACCUACCAGCCGCGGCCCGGCUUCAGCCCCUCGCCCAGUGGGCCCAACCCCUACGCCCGCAGCCGGCCGCCCUUCGGCCCCCAGGGCUAUGCCCAGCCUGGACCUGGCUACCGGUAAGGAGGUACUGGCCUGGGCAGCUGUGACUCCAUCCUGAGCUACUCCAGGUAUUUCAACUGAGGUUCCAAAACUGUAACAAGGCAAAACUGUAGCUGUUAAUUCAAUUCUGCUGGGGGAGGGGAAUGACCAAUCUUUUCUGCUUCAAAUUGUACCUGCUUCCUCAUUUAAUUUGGGGCUGGGUGGUUUUGAGGAAACACUUCCUAAGUGUCUGUAAAGUGAUUGACGUUCUAGCUUGCCUUUUGUGAAGGACAGGAACAGUAGCCCACUUACCAGGCUUGGUUUUACUAAUACCAUGAUGUACUAAAUUAGAUUGAUUCUGGAGGUAAAACUAGAUGUAUUAUAAAUUGUAAUGCUCACAUGGAAAACUAAUAAACCCCCUGAAUCUAUUAAA